CUAAAUUUCAAAAAUACGGCAGUCAGUCUCUUCUCCGGCCAAGUAGAAAGUUCAAAAACACGACGCUUCUCCUCUCCGUCUAUUUUUCCGGCUAAGCUAAGCUUAAAUUCGAAUGGCUUUCUUUACCAAAGCUGGGAACAUUCUUCGGCAGGCUGUUAGCAAGCAGCACAUCAAUCAUGAAAUAUCUGCAUCCAAGCCUUCAAUUUUUCAACUUAUUAGAUGCAUGUCUUCUUCAAAACUUUUUGUGGGAGGAAUCUCAUGGAACACGAAUGAUGACGCUCUCAAACAAGCUUUCAGCAAGUACGGAGACGUUGUUGAAGCAAGAGUAAUUGUGGAUCGCGAAACUGGAAGAUCUAGGGGAUUUGGCUUCGUUACUUUCAAUAGUUCUGAGGAUGCCAGCGCUGCUAUCCAGGCUUUGGACCAACAGGAGCUUGAUGGUCGUAGGAUUAGGGUAAAUAUAGCAAACGACAGGACAAGAGGAUACGGAGGAGGUGGUGGUGGAGGAUUUGGAGCUGGUGGUUAUGGUGGCGGUGGUAAUUAUGGAGCUGGUGGUUAUGGUGGUGGUAGUAAUUAUGGAGGUGGUGGUUAUGGUGGUGGUAGUAAUUAUGGAGGUGGUGGUUAUGGUGGUGGUGGCAAUUACGGCAGCGGAGGUGGUGGUGAUGCUAAUGUUGCCGGUAGUUAUGGAAGCGGAGAAAGCAGCUUUGGCUUUGGGACAAGUGGCGGGAACAACUUUCCAAGUGGUGACAGCUAUGCCAGUGAAAACCAGAACUUAGGUGCUGCUGCUGCAGGCAGUGGUGACACUUAUGGUACCGGCGAGGCUGCGAGCAACAGUUUCACGAGCAGCUUUGGCAGCAAUGAUCAAUUUGGCAAUGUUGAUACCAGUAACCAAGCUGAAACUGGUGAUGCUAAUAGCCCAGUUGGUGCAGGUGAAGAUUUCAGAGAUGACAAUGUUGAGGCCGGUGAUUAUGCCAACAGAAGAGCCUGAAGGUUCCCUUGUAAGCCUUUUGCUGCCUAAUGCUAUUGAUAAUGAGAAGAAAUGGAUGGAAGAUGACCUCUCUUCCUUACAUUGCUUAGCAGUUUACCUCUUUCAUAAACUAUCUUUUUCUCACCCUAGCUCUAUUUCUCUCUCUUCCGUAUUUGUCUUGAGAUUUUUGUUCCAUUUUGCUUUUAUUUAAACUCAGUUUGGAUGCUAAAUUUGGCUGUAUAAAUCUAAUUGACAUCCCUCUUUCCCGUGGGGAAAUAGAGAGGAAGUCUCAACGGUAAAUGUAGACUGGUUAUUAUUAUCAUCUUCUUCCUGUGUCUUGUUGAA